AUGUGCCGACUAGAGAUCCUGAGACAGCGAAUGGCUAGUCCACCUGAAUUUUACGAAUCUGUUCGUCAAGCAUCAUACCGUGUAGACUAUCGGCAAGUCAAUCAAGCCUUUUCGGGUGCUUUGCAAUGUCCUUUGCCAUUGAGACAGUAUCCAUCAAGCCCUUCAAAUUCCCCGAGAGACCCUCCAAUUGCUGCUGCGAGCAGUCCGCUAAAGCACGAACGAAAGUCGCCCAUUCCAUCAGGUCAUGAAACAGCUGCAGGCACGCUAUUGCCAAAAGAGAAUGUGCCGAAAAAGAAACAGUCCAUCGUCUCCAUUGACGAGAAUAGUCCUUGGGAUGGCAAGUUCUUGUUGAGCCUCGAUGGAGGAGGAGUGCGAGGCCUUUCCUCGCUUCUCUUCUUGCAGAUCAUCAUGCAAGAGGUUGGCCGACUGGAACAAACAAGAUUUGAGCAUGCAAAAGGUAGCGCAUACUCUCCACUCUUCGACGCAUCAGCCAGCGAGAGCUCGCCUGGUCUCGACGAAGAUAGAAAGCCUUCAGCCAACUACCUUCCUUGCCACUACUUCGACUACAUAGCGGGCACGAGUACUGGAGGAUUGGUAGCCAUAAUGCUGGGAAGGCUAAGAAUGAGCGUGGACCAAUGCAUUGAUGAAUAUGUGGAGUUGUCAAAGAGCGUCUUCGAGAAGCCGUCAUCUCGAAUCCAAAGAGUGUUGCGCAAAUACGACAGUGGGAGGAGGACAGAAAGAUUGAAGGCUCGGUUUGAAAAACUAGCUUCGCAAUUUGACCCCCAGAAACACAACCGCAAUUCAGAUCAGACCCCGAGAGAUGCAGAACGAUUGUUUGCUCGAUCCGACGCAAUAGGGACGAUGAAGAUUACGACUUCACCAAAAAUGGCUCGGAUAGCAAGAAAUCCUUCGGCUCGUGAGAAUUUUGCAAUUUGGGAAGUUGCACGUGCCACAUCGGCUGCUUCGUCAUUUUUCAAGCCCAUAGCUUUGAAGGACGAGUUGUAUUAUGAUGGUGGGACACUCAACAACCCAACUUUGCAGUUGCUCAACGAGGUCACUCAUCUGGGCAAAGGCUCGCGAAAAGUGGUUGAUACAUUAUUGAGUAUUGGGAACGGUAAUUCAAGAGAAAAGAGAAGAAAAUUGUCGGCGCCGAAGAGUGCUCUGCUUGAAGGCCGCACAAGCUACUCCAAUUACGUGCACAAGAGGGUCACGAUGGAAAGUAAGCUGCAGGGAUCGAAUUAUUAUCGGUUAGAAGUCGAUGAAAUGUUGAGCACCGUACGACUCGAUGAAUGGAAGCCAAAAGACAGUGGAAAAUUCACUCUCGAGAGAAUCAAAAAGGCAACAUAUGAAUAUUUGCAACAGGCGAACGUCAAGUCGUUGUGUGCGACUCUGGCGGAGCAGCUGGCGGAGAAAAGGAUCUUGAGGUCGCAGACCAUGCGAUGGGAGUGUUUUGCCACUGGCACGCGUUAUCGGUGUCCGCUCCCUGAAUGCUCAAAGCGACGGGACACCAUUUAUUUGCACCGAAAUGCGCUCAAAGAUCAUCUGCGCAUUGAACAUCACAUGGCCCCUCCAGAUUCAAACCACUACGAGGAAAUACAAACUUUGAUAGAGAAAGGAAGGACAGACUCUGAUUCCAGUAAUGAUUCUAGCUAG